AUGGAGAAAAAUAGGUAAUAAUAAAAGAGGGAUAAUGAUAUCUUUUAAACAUUAAUGAGUUAGGCUUUUUCAUUUAAAGAUGGUAAAAGCAUAAUUAUGAAAAUUUAUGUAUAUGGAAAUAUAUUUGCUAAAAUAGAAUAAUUUAUUGAUCGAAUAUAAUAACUAGAUGGUGAAUGGUAUCAUUAAUAAGAAUGUUUAAAAAAAGUUGGAAAGUGGGUAGUGUUGGAUGAAGAGUUUUAUUUGAAGAAGUAAGUUAUCUCUCAAGUUGAAGUUAAUAUGUGGUGUAUGAAAGUAGUUAGAUGAAAUAUGAUGUACAAGGGAAAAUAAAUGUAAAUUUUAUGUAAAUAUAAAUGCUUAAGAAUAUAUUAGAUGGCAGAUCAUAUAGUGAGUCAAAUGAGUGUUAGAUUAAGAUUGAAGGUAAUUAGAGAAUUAGAGUUGUUUUGUGAGUAAUUGAAAAUUUACAUUUGUUUUUGA